AUGCCGGACUCUUCAAACGCCUCUACUCAUGUAUGGCGCGAGCGAGCGCGAUACUGGCAGGGUGUUGCUAGCCAACGCCGCCACGAUGCUGCUGAAGCACAAGCAACCGCUGACCAAACCAUCCUGCAGCUCAAUCAGCAGAUCCAACAGCAGCAACAAAACGCCCACAGCGAUAGUGCCACGCAGCUACAACAGACCAUUCUUCACCUCCGCCAGGAGAUCCAGCGUCUAGAGCAGCGAAUUUCUAGCAUCAACAGUGCACAACUUGCAGACGAGCAGACGGUGGAGUCGAACGAAGGUGCUCAACAUGAAAACGACGUUGAAGAGUCCGAGAGCGGUGAACUCGAUGCCGAAGAGCCUGCACUUGGAGAAUCUGGGGCGGACGAUGAAGGGUCUGACAAUGGUAUAGAAGAGCCUGAGAACGGUGAACUCGACAUCGAAGAGCCUGCACUUGAAGAAUCUGGAGUCGACGAUGAAGAGGUUCAGGCGCCCGAGGGGUUUCCAGUACUCACUCAGGUAUCCUUCAGGAUUUCAAGCAUCAUGGUACCGAUCUCCACCAUCCUUCGAGCCGCCAUCAACACCAUACUCUCGGAUCCCCAAGUCCUGUCAGGUGGUGGAUAUGUUGUUGGGGGUCUGAAUGGCAAUUUGGUCCCAACACUAAAUGUACCACCACAGCUAUUGACCGCCAGCCAACAACAGCCGGUGCCUCCGGCUUCCCAGUCACACGGGACGAACGCUCAAAAUGUCCAAGACGAGCCUCGCAUCCCAGCUGAGUACCUGCAGCGCAUUCGAGAUGUGCUUGACCGAGCGGAGAUCCCCUUCAUGGGCACGAAUGCGUUGCAGAUCAGUGCAGAAGCGUUGCCAGCGACACCUCCUCCGUCCCUCCACCGAGGCCCACACGCUUACGAUACCAUCAAGUGGUCUUCGAAAGCCAUGCCCACUCGAGACGAAGACGAUCUAUCCUGCAGUAUAUGUCGCAUGGAGUACGUGGUAGGCGAGACAGUCUGCAUCUUGCCAUGCGCUGGUCGUCACCACUUUCACCAAGAGUGUAUCAAGAACUGGCAUAAAGAGGCUUCAUUGGAUUGUGCCAUGUGUCGUGCAAAAUUUGUCUGGCGACUGCAGGAGAAGCUGCCGGCCAGUGUCGAGUUCUGA